AUGAGCACCAGGCCAGUUUCUUCUUUAAGUUUACGUCCAAGCACCCGAACCAAACUGAUCAAAGCAGGCUUUCAAACGGUUAAAGAUUUACAAGAAACCACACUUAUAGAAUUGAGUAAAGGGAUAUCGAACACUGAAGCAUUAAAUAUAUUACAACAAAUAAAAAAAAAUAAGGUUACGUCGAUUUCCGCAUCAGAAGCUCUAAAACAAGAACGUAAACUAUGUCCUAUAUCUACUUCAUGCGAAGCCAUGGAUCAGAUGCUUGGCGGGCGAGGAGUUCCCAUAGGAAAAAUAACUGAGUUCUGCGGUGCUCCUGGGAUGGGUAAAACACAGCUAGGGAUGCAACUUUGUGUUAAUGUUCAAGUACCACAAAAUUUAUCCGGCCCAGAAGGAGAAGCAAUAUUUAUCGAUACGGAAGGUAGCUUUAUCGCUCAUCGUGCUGCGGAAAUUGCUAAGGCUACAAUCACAAAAUUAAACGAAAAUACCGUUGCUGGAAAUGAAUUUCUAGUGAACUUUGAGAGCGUCAUGUCAAGAAUUUAUGUAUCAAAAGUUCAUAACUGUGACGAGUUAAUCGCGCUUAUGAAAAUCCUAGAUGAAUUUUUACAAGAACAUCCAAAUGUAAAACUUCUUGUCAUUGAUUCCAUUGCAUUUCAUUUUCGUCAACAAUUUGAUGAUAUGGCACUUCGAACGCGACUGUUAAAUGGGUUGGCUCAGGAUUUAAAUAAAUUUGCUCAAACAUAUGAACUUGCUGUUGUUUUGUUUAAUCAGAUGACUACAAAAUUUAAAACAUCUAGAGAUUACAAUGUUAAAGAUCAAGCUGCUUUAGUUCCAGCUUUAGGUGAAAGUUGGGGUCAUCAAUGUACAAAUCGUAUAGUUCUUUAUUGGCGUAAUGAAAUUCGUUGCGCACAACUUGUCAAGUCACCAAAUUUACAAGAAACUACUGUUCACUACCAAAUUAAUUCAGAUGGUAUUAGCGAUUAUCAAUCAAACCUUAAUAACAACAAUAAAAGAAGAUGGGAAGAAAAAGAAAAAUAA